AUGGGAACAGUGUUGUUGCACAGAGAUAUUAAAUUGAGCAACAUUAUGUUGGAUUCAAAUUUCAAUGCUAAGCUUGGGAAUUUUGGGUUAGCCAAUCUUGUUGACCACAGGAAAGGGUCACAGACUAGGAUCCUGCCCAGGACAAUGGGGUACAUGGCUCCUGAGUGCCUCAUGAAAGGCACUGCACUAAAGAGGUACCAGAACUGGUGGUCAGCGAAUAUAGAGGUACACUUAGCCAUUCCCCCUCAAGAUCUAUUAGUGGGUCUAGGCUUGCUUUCUCAAGCCCAGCCUAAGGGGACUGGGCUCAUCACUCCUUUUACUGCUCCUGCUACCACAACUCCUACUCCUGCUACCACAGAGAAUGCUUCUUCUGCCUCUCCUCCUCCUUCUAGAGUCAUUAAGGCUGGUUCGAAGAAAGCUGCCAAGGUAGUAGAAAAUGAGCAAUCCAAAGAAUUGAUAGUUUUUCAAAGGUCUGAAAAAAGAAGACAGCAGCUGGUGUUAAAGAAUGAGGUAGCUGCUGCUGAGGCCCUUCAAAAGGAAACUGCAAGGAGGCAACAAACUACUGAACACUAUGCUCUUCGCAGUUCUCCAAUCAUUAAUACUACUACCUCUGAGACUGUCCUGGCUGCUCCUUCUCCACCUGAGGAGGUCCCAGUUAUCACUUCAUCUUCAGUGAUAGUUGAUACUCCCGGAGAAGACACUAGUAGCCCACCAAUUCUUUGUCCACCAUCACCAUCCAGCUUUAGUCCUUCUUCUCUCAACUUACUAGUGGCCAGGACUAUAGACAUUGCUAAGGACACUUCAACCUCCUCUCCUAUCCAUAUGCAGCCAUCUCUUGCUUCAACUAGAGACCUUUUUGCACAUCCAAUGUCAAUGGAAAAGAUGGGCAUUUUUUAA